ACUAUUGUGGCGCUAUCAUAUGGAAGAAUAAGAAGUUUAGAAUUAGAUACAUAUCGUAAUCAAUAUACGUCAUACAUUCGUAUAUCAUUAUAAACUGAACCAUAUUUAUUAUUAUUAUACGAUAUAAAAAAUAGCAAAUAAUUAUUUAAAAUUAAAUUAAAAUAUAAUUAAUAUGCAAAAUAACAUAUAAAAAAUACAUAUAAAAUUUAUUGUCUGUUAUUCUAAUAUUAAAAAUUAAGAUGUCAAAAUUAAUGGAAUGGCUUUUAUUUGCUACUUUAUUUUUUGGUAUAUGGAUUGCUGCAAUUACUAAAAAUGUUAAUUUAUUUUUUAUCGCAGAGUGGAAACAAGUUGUUCUUUUCUUUCCACUCAUUGUUUUAUUUAUAUGUAGUUUAUAUGCAACUAUUAUUAUUUUAUAUAGAGUUUUCACAUUUAACAAUUGUGAGCAUGCAGCUAUUGAAUUACAGGAACAAAUAGAAGAAGCUAAAAAAGAUCUUCAGAAUAAAGGUAUAGUUUUAAAAAGUAAAUAAAUUGAAAUUUUUAUAUUCAAAAUCAAUAUUAUCUGAAUCAAAUAAUAUAAUAAUAUAUAAUUGUCUUAUUUAUCU